AUGGAAAUCAAGUCUCUCUUGGCCUUGGCCUCCUUCAUCUUCUGUGGAGAAGUCCUUGCUCAAACGUCUUCAGAUGACCCUGAAGCAAUUCUUGGCCCAGUUUCUCCAAUCUCUAUCGAAAGUGGCCGGUACAUCGUAAAGUUCUCGUCCUCCGGAUCAGCCAAGUUCAGAAAGCGUGACGGAGAUCUUGACACUGCCGGCUUCUUUACCACCCUCCAGGAUGCCGGCAAGGAUGCUUCUCCAGCAGUAAGCUUCAACUCGCAGCUGUUCCACGGGGCUUCCUUUGACUUAAAGAAUGAUACCUCUGAAACCGUAGCCGAUAUUCAAGCUCUGCCGGAAGUUGAGAAGAUCUGGUCCGCUGCACUGUUCUCACUUCCCAUCACGACUGAAGCAGUUGUGCAGACAGAGUUCCCCACUUGGAACCCUCACAAUGACACCAACGUCGCUCUUGCGCAUGCCAACGGCCAUUUCGGUGAAGGUGUGGUAGUUGCGAUUGUUGACUCCGGCAUUGAUUACAAUCACCCCGCCCUUGGUGGCGGCUUCGGCUCCGGAUUCAAAGUCGAGAGUGGGUACGAUUUUGUCGGUGACAACUACGAACCUGGAGAUGUCUACCUUCCAGACGAGGAUCCCAUUGACUGCAAUGGCCAUGGCACACACGUUGCUGGCAUCGUCGCCAGCAGCAACGAGUUCGUGCCUGGUGUUGCACCCUCGGCUCGUCUUCGUGCCUACAAAGUAUUUGGGUGCGGGGGUAGCACCUACGAGGAUGUAAUUGUUGCGGGUUUCCUCCGAGCUCACGAGGAGGGCGCAGACGUAGUCAGUGCCUCGCUUGGUUCCAACAGAGGAUUUGUUGACACCCCUCUUGCGGUGGUAGCAACCGCCAUCCAAGCUGCCGGCACGUUUGUCUCCAUCGCUGCCGGAAACGCUGGUGAAAGCAAUAACGGAGUCCAAUGGUCUCUUAACGGAACGGCCCCCGCUUCAUGGGCCCCAAAUCCUCGGGACCACGCUGAUCAGUGUGGUAUUGACUUCACUAUUCCUGACACUAACGUUUUGGUACUGCCCGGCUUGAUGGAAAAGGUAGACUGGGUCCUGAUUUACAACUACAACGGCUCCGACUGGGAGAUCCCUGGCCGUGUUCGAUACGAUGCUGAUCGACAAGCCAAAGGGUACAGCUUGAUCACUUAUGAGGACGGAGAUUGGCUCGUCAGCCAACAUGAGAGGAAUUACACCGUGACCUUUGAGUUUGUCAACGACGACAAACCUGCUGCAAUUGAUCGUCCUUCCUUCGCCGGAGGAAGAAUUGACCAGUUCACAUCUUGGGGUCCAACCCUGGAUGCGCGCAUGGUUCCCCAGAUUUCCGCACCUGGUGGCUCGAUAUUCUCUACCUUCCCGAUAGGCUCAGGUAGUUGGGCGACACUUUCGGGAACCAGCAUGGCUACUCCCUAUAUAUCUGGCGUUGCUGCCCUGUUCUUCUCAUCCCGCGGUGGACGGGCUGCUCUCGGGGAUGGUGGUGCCAAGUUGGCUCAUGAAGUCAUCGUUUCUAGCGGCAAACCAAUUCGUCAUUACGACGGCACUGAUAACCUCGCUUCCGUAAUUCAUCAGGGAGCAGGUUUGGUUGAUGCCUUCAAAGUUGUUGGCUACUCGACUCUCGUUAGCCCAGCGGUGCUCAACCUCAACGACACAGAGCAUUUCCAGGGUACUCAAAGUGUGCAGAUCACCAACUCUGGGGACGAGUCUGUGACGUACCAGUUCUCUCACGAAGCCGGCAUUACUGCCCUCACUAAGAGUGCCGGGACUGCCUGGGUAUCCGUUUCACCUCCAUACGUCUCCGGGGACGGGAAUACUGCCACGGUAGAGUUUUCCCCCGCCGAGCUGACCUUGGGUCCUGGUGAAAGCGGGUCUGUCUCUAUUGCUUUCACUCAGCCGUCUUCACCUGAAGCUGCCACUCUUCCAGUUUAUGGAGGAUCAAUCGUGGUCGCUGGGUCUCAGGGAGAAGCAGUACGAGUGUCCUACAUGGGAAUCAAGGGCUCUCUGUAUUCCAGUGAUAUUUGGGAGAUGGAACGAGGCGUUCCCCUACUACUCAGCGGAUAUGGCGGCCUCAUUGAGGAGGGCCACAAUUACACAUUUGAAGAAGGGGGCGAUGUUCCGCAGCCGUACUUCAAUGUCCUUUGGUCAACUCAAGAAAUCAGCUUCGAUUAUGUCGCGCGUGACUGGAAUGAGACAGACUGGGCUUACCCAGCAGUCCCUGGGCAGGCCAAAUAUCAUGGUUCUUUCAUCACUGUUCCCCAAGGGCUGUCUGACUCUAUUACCUCUUUCCCUCUGAGAAAUUACCCGCGGAACAGCGGUGGUGUGUAUGCACCUCCGCAGAAUGUUUUCGCUCAUGGGGGCGACAUCCCAGCCGGCGAGUACCGCAUUCUUUGCCGCGCACUCCGUACCUUCGGCAAUCCCAACAACCUCAAUGACUGGCAAUACAAGGUCUCACCCUGGUUCCGCACCACUAGAGAGAAGCCUCCGGUAACUGCAACUCCCACGACGGCGGAGGCUACUCCGGCCCCAACAACCUCCUCAGUUAGCUUGCCAGAACCAUGCGCCGCAACUUCGACACCAGUAAGCAUUGAGGCGACUCUUGCUUCUGGUGAAGGUCCUUACAAUCUGUACCUUUACGCGGACUUUGCUUCAAUCGAUCUUACGGGAUCUCAAACUCCAUUGAACUUCUCCAUCACCAACAGCACUCAGGUUCAGACCUGGUUCAACUCGUCUUGGAGGUUCCUCUCGGUGCAUACCAAUACCAACAGCUUGAUCUACGUAUACGCCUCGAGCCGUGUGACUGGCGCAUUUUCUUUCCUUGGGUGCACUGUCACAAAUGAUGUGCUGGGGUGCGAAUCCAACGGCAAGUCUGCGCUUUACGUCUGCGAUAGCACGACUGGACUUUUGCGUCACGGAACUCAGCCUUUGGAUGGUUGCCAGACUGUCACUCUCAAAGUUGGUCCUAGAGAGAAUCCGAACUGCGCAGCUACGACGACUUCUGUUACUGCUACGGAAAUAACGGCGGCCCCUACUACUCUGUCGACUGCAGUCGUCUCGGUCUCGUCGUCUUAA